UUGCACAGGUGCCCAGAAUCUGUUUCGGCACGCCAUUGUGGAAAAUAGCCUCACUCACAGUUACUGUUCUUGACUGCUCACUCUUGGCUUACAGUUUAAGUUUAGUUUUUAAUCUUUUAAAUAACAAAAGUUAAACUGUCCCAUAAUGGCGACGGACUCCUGGGCCCAGGCAGUGGACGAGCAAGAAGCCGCGGCGGAAUCGAUUGGCAAUCUUCAAAUAAAAGAGAAACCAGAAGAAAAUGGUACGACCUCGAACGCGACAGACUCUGGGACUGCAGCGGCAAAAUCAGAAGGCGAGGGAGACAAGCCUGCAGAUGACGAUGAUAAAGAGGACAAAGCGGCUCAGUCGUUGUUGAACAAGCUCAUUCGAAAUAAUCUUGUCAAUAACUCUAAUCAAGUUGAAGUUCUUCAAAAGGAUCCUAAUUCCCCGCUGUACUCUGUCAAGUCCUUUGAGGAGUUGCGACUCAAACCACAGCUACUUCAGGGUGUUUAUGGCAUGGGUUUCAACCGGCCAUCCAAAAUCCAGGAGACUGCCUUACCUAUGAUGCUGGCUGGACCUCCACAGAAUCUGAUUGCUCAGUCACAGUCAGGAACAGGGAAAACGGCUGCCUUUGUUCUGGCCAUGCUCAGUCAUGUAGAUCCUGAAAAGAAAUAUCCCCAGUGCCUCUGUGUGUCACCUACCUAUGAACUGGCACUCCAGACUGGCAAGGUUAUUGAGCAGAUGGGCAAGCACUAUUCCGAAGUCAGUCUGGUCUACGCAAUCAGAGGGAAUAAAUUGCCCAAGAACACAAAGCUGCAGGAACAGAUAGUUAUCGGCACUCCUGGUACUAUGCUGGACUGGUGUGGUAAAUUCAGGUUCAUAGACCCCAAGAAGAUCAAGGUGUUUGUACUGGACGAGGCUGACGUCAUGAUCGCAACACAGGGUCACCAGGACCAAAGCAUCCGCAUUCAGAGGAUGCUGCCUCAAACCUGCCAGAUGUUGCUAUUUUCAGCCACGUUUGAAGAGUCAGUGUGGAACUUUGCCCAGCGCAUUGUGCCUUCUCCAAACAUCAUCAAAUUGAAGAGAGAGGAGGAGACUCUGGAUACCAUUAAACAGUAUUAUGUACUGUGCAACAGUAAAGAGGAGAAGUUUCAGGCCCUUUGCAACAUCUAUGGAGCCAUCACUAUCGCUCAGGCCAUGAUCUUCUGCCAUACCAGGAAGACAGCUGGCUGGCUUGCAGGGGAACUGUCCAGAGAAGGCCACCAGGUGGCGCUGCUUAGUGGAGAGAUGCAAGUGGAGCAGAGGGCUGCUGUCAUCGAACGCUUCAGAGACGGCAAGGAGAAGGUUCUGGUCACCACAAAUGUUUGUGCUCGAGGUAUUGAUGUUGAGCAGGUUUCUGUGGUGAUCAACUUUGACCUGCCCGUAGACAAGGAUGGUAACCCAGACAAUGAGACAUACCUGCACAGGAUUGGCCGCACAGGUCGAUUUGGCAAAAGGGGACUGGCCAUCAACAUGGUGGACAGCAAGAUGAGCAUGAACAUCCUCAAUAGGAUCCAGGAGCAUUUCAGCAAGAAGAUCGAAAGACUAGACACAGAUGAUCUGGAUGAAAUUGAGAAAAUCGCCAGCUAAAGAGAGCGCCGUUUAUCGCAUGAAGGACGCCGGCCUGACUUCCCUCCUCCCUCUUCGCUCCACAAGGACUGUACGCUCCUACAGUGUUUUAUGCUUUUAUUUUUUUUAGCUGUCGGAGAAAAGAGCAAAACCACAAACACAGUAUAUGUUUACACGUGGAUAUGUCUCCUCUCAGACAAGUGUUUUUGUAAGUCUCGGGAACAUACCCCAUUCACUCUUCGUACCUCUUUGAAUAAAGUGUCUGAGUUUA